AUGAAAUGUUACUUCUUGUAGGAAGAUGUGUUUGUGCAAUUGCUUUGCUCGAUUCAAUACAGAGUGGUUAAGGCACAUGCUGAUGAUGCAUUUUAUGAGCUGCAGAAUCCCGAAGAACAGAUCCGGGCUUAUAUGUUUGGUGUGGUUCGAGCUCUGGUUCCUAGAAUGAAUUUGGAUGAUCUCUUUGAACAAAAGGGUAAGGCUGCUAAAGCUGUUCUCGAGGAUCUUGGUAAGGUGAUGGGAGACUAUGGAUAUAGCAUCGAGCACAUAUUGAUGGUUGACAUUAUUCCUGAUCCUGCUGUUCGCGCGGCAAUGAACGAGAUAAAUGCAGCUCAAAGACUUCAUAUUGCGGGUGUGUACAAAGGUGAAGCUGAUAAGAUUCUCCAAGUUAAAAGAGAAGAAGCCGAAGCCGAAUCCAAGUACUUAGGUGGCGUCGGUGUGGCCAGGCAGCGUCAGGCAAUCACAGAUGGGUUGAGGGAGAACAUAUUGGACUUCUCUCACAAGGUGGAAGGCACCUCAGCCAUGGAGGUGAUGGAUCUCAUCAUGAUCAAACAGUACUUCGACACAAUCAAGGACCUCGGCAAUUCCUCAAAGAACACGAACGUGUUUAUUCCCGAUGGACCUGGUCAUGUUAAGGAUAUCGGUGAGCAGAUCCGGAAUUGGCUGAUGGAGGCAUCUAGUGCACAACUAAAUGUUGAAUGAAUAUCAAGACAAAGGAUCUAACAGCCUCUGCAGGCCGUAGUGACCAACUCUUCUGGCCAUUGGCAGUGGGUCGCAGGUGAGGGUUCGUUUAAUGCAUUUCCUUGGAGUUUUGGGCCAAUGGGUAGUUUGGUUUU